AUGAAAGAUGAACCGGAUACUCUUGAGUUGAAUAAAAGUUGGUGUCUUGUUGAUUGUCCUGCAGGUGUCAAGCCGAUUGGCUGUAAAUGGGUUUAUCGAAUCAAACGUAAGCCAAAUAGUUCCAUUGAUAGAUAUAAAGCGUGUCUUGUGGUUAAGGAAUUCACUCAGAUUGAAGGUGUUAAUUUUUUGCAGACAUUUUCUUCUGUUAUCAAGCCUGCCACUGUCAGAUUAGUCUUGGCUUUGACAUCCAUGAAGCACUGGCCCAUACACCAACUAGAUGUCAAUAAUGCUUUCUUGUAUGGUGACAUCUUGAAAGAUGUUUAUAUGUCUCUUCCCCUAGAAUGGUGUCAACUCGCCUAA